GAGAGAGAGAGAGAGAGAGAGAGAGAGAGGGGAUAGAGAGACAAUGGCAAAGAGUUGGGACGAUAUAAAGUAUGCGACUUCACAGGCGAGGCUUGAUGAAGACGAAGUUGUGAGGACUACUGCGUACAAGCAUGGAACUCCUCUUGAAGGAGGCAAGAUUGCCGAGUCGGAGCCUGUUGAUUUCUUCUAAGGCAAUAUAAUUGUUAAUUAGAGUUUCUUCUAAAUUUCAAACUUCAUGAGAUGUAAUGGGAAAGAAAGUCAAGUCUUAAUCAAGUUAAGAUUUGGGGUUGUUAAAUGUAUGUCAAUAGACUUGCAUAUGUGCUAAAGCAAUGUUUGU